CAAAUAUCUUGCUUGGCAUCUUGAUUGGCAUGCCGCGUGGAUUCUGCAUCGGAACAUAUAAAUACCUCUUAAGGGCCACGCCAAAAGGUAAUUGAAACCAACCCUAAGCUCCUUGUGUCUACGCUUUAAAGGUAGCCUCGAUUAUUGCUGACUUAAGCAUCAGAGUGUCUACCCCGAGGAUCCACCUCGGGGCUUUGCAGGUUAAUCUAGAGUGCAGAUACGGACUGAAGAAGGACUUCUGGUUUGGUGCAGUUACAUUUUGGCGCCGUCUGUGGGCUUCUGAACUAAAGGCUCCUUUGUUGCUCUUACCAUGGUUAAAACUAGUUCAGCCCGAGGUGGAAACUCGUCUCAGCCUCUUGGAAGAGGUCAGGUCCCCAGCAACCUUCCACCUCAUCCUCCACCCCCAAUCCCAUGCAGAAGGAGAAGACAAAAAUCAACCACACAAUUCGCCCGGAACAAUCCUGGUGAUCCACUCAUCAAUCUACUUAAUCCUGCCCCACCACAACCCCCAGCCCCACCACAAAAUCCUGAACCAGUUCAACGUGCUCCCGCUGUUAGUGAAUCUCAGGGCCAAUCUCACAUUUCACCAGUUCAGCAACCUCCUCAUGAUGAUGUCACUCGACGUCUAAAUAGCUUAGAAAGGCUAGUGGUUGAACAGCGAGGUGCCCCACCUCCAUACCCUGCUGUUGACUCCGUACCCCACCCUCUCAAUACCAAUAUUGUACUGGAGCCCUAUCCCACUGGCUUCAGAAUACCACAACUUGAAACUUAUGAUGGGACGAAGGACCCCGAUGAUCAUCUACAUGCUUUCUACUCUUGCAUGCAGGCCCAGAACGCCUCUGACGCGUUAAUGUGCAAAAUCUUUCCCUCUACUCUCCGCAGUAAUGCUCGAACCUGGUACUACAGUCUACCUCCGAGGUCAAUCAACUCUUACACAGAACUGGCAUCUGCUUUUGCCACAAAGUUUUCCAGUAGAAGAUUGAUAAGGAAAACCACUUCUGAACUAAUGCGAGUUAAGCAAAGGGACGGAGAGUCUUUGAAGAAUUUUAUAAACAGAUUCAAUGAUGCAGUGCUGGAGGUUAAUUCUUUCGACCAAGCUGUGGGAAUUACAGCGGUGAUCUCGGGUCUUGGCCGUGAGAGGUUCCGAGAUAGUCUGCUCAAACAUCCUGCCAACACCUUCAGCGAGGUAAAUGAUAGAUCAUUGAAAUUCAUAACUGCUGAGGAAUAUGCUCUGUCGCAGAACCUAACUCCUACUAAGAGCCAACACCCAGACUGGAGAGAUGAGAAUCCGGACAGGAAACGGAUGAAGACAACACAGAACCGAGGUCCGAUGUCGACCCCGAGAUUCGGAAGGCCGAACUCAGCACCUCCGCAACAACCUGCAGGUAAACCUCUAGUUAAUUGGACUCCUUUUAAUAUACCGAGGUCACAAAUCUUUAUGCAGAUUAAGAAUAAGAUGGACUUAAGACGUCCGGGUCCAAUGAGAACUGCUGCUGCUACCAGAGACCAUACUAGGUACUGUGAUUUUCAUCAAGAUCACGGUCAUACAACAGAGCAAUGUAAUAAUCUGAGGUCCGAACUAGAAAGUCUGGCACAAAAAGGAAUGUUGAAUGAGUACAUCCAGAGAGUGCAACAGCCAAGGUUUGUCAGAGAACAAGGGUCACAGCAUCAAGCAAUCCGCAAUCCCCCAAACAGACAAGGUGUGGGAUAUCAGCAAGCCCCACCCCCACUCCCACCACCAGCUAGAGUAAUACACAUGAUUACGGAAGGUCUGGAAGCCGGUGGACUGAGCUCUACGCAGCGAAAGCUGUAUGUCAAAGAGGUUAAGCAUCAGAACCGAGCUCAGAAGCGAAAAUUUGACGAUGCUGAGUGGAAGAAUCAACCCAUCACUUUCACAUCUGCUGAUCUCGAAACAGUUGUCACACCUCACAAUGAUCCUCUAGUUACUUCCAUCACGAUCAACAAUUGUGAAGUGCAGCAUGUCCUUGUUGACACAGGGAGCGCACCAGACAUCAUGUACUUCCAUUGUUUUGAGAGUCUUGGGUUAGAUCCCGCUCUGUUGCAGCGGUAUGAUGGUCCCAUUUACGGGUUUAACAACCAACUAGUUCCAGUUGAAGGAGUCCUCACUAUGAAUGUUGCAUUUAGCAGUGGCCGAAGUUAUGUGACCCCUUCAGUCAGGUUUUUGGUAGUCAAGAUGGCGUCCUCAUUCAAUGUCGUCAUUGGUCGACCCACACUGACUGAAAUCCGAGCUGUGAUUCUGCAAAAGCCUGAGUGUUCUGGAAGAUUAAUUAAGUGGGCAGUAGAACUUGGGGAGUUCGAGAUAACAUUUCAGCAGAGAUCUACAAUCCGAGCUCAGGCACUAGCAGAUUUCAUUGUAGAGUGCACUCCAAGUAAUUCCAUUCCUACUCCGGAGCCCAAUGACUGGACCUUAUAUGUUGAUGGGGCAUCUAGUAGCAAAGGUUCAGGAGCUGGUGCUCUCUUGAUUGGCCCAGAUGGAUACCGAAGUGAACAUGCUCUGAAAUUUAACUUCGAUGCAACAAACAACAUGGCUGAGUAUGAAGCCUUGCUACUGGGUCUGCAACUAGCCUUGGAAUUAAAACUCAGUGCGAUCCAAGUAUACAGUGACUCCCAACUGGUGGUGAACCAAAUUAACUCAAUUUGCGAAGUUGUUGAUCCUGUGAUGGUGAAAUAUGUAGCUCUGGUGGCCAAGCUGACGUGCAAAUUCCAGAAAUUCUGUCUGAGCAAAAUCCCCCGAACUAAGAAUGAACAGGCAGAUUCACUCUCUAAAUUCGCCUCUGAUCGUUCUUCACAUUCCAGAUCAGUUUUUGUGGAGGUCUUAGAUGAACCAAGCUUCGUAAAGCCACAGGAGGCAAUGAAGUUGAGGAGGAAAGCAUCUCGGUAUACACUUGUUGAUGGGAUCCUCUAUAAGCGAUCUUUCUCUCUACCUCUUCUACGGUGCUUGAAUCCCUAUGAAGCAGAAUAUGCACUUAGGGAGGUGCAUGAAGGUGUCUGCGGAAGUCAUGUGGGUGCUCAAACUUUGGCUCAUAAAGUCCUUAGACAGGAUUAUUAUAAGCCCAACAUGUACAAGGAUGCCACUCACUUUGUUAAGAGAUGUUCGAAAUGCCAGUUCUUUGCACACCUGACUCACCAGCCUGCAGAAGAGCUCACUACUCUAGUAGCACCAUGACCAUUUGCUCAGUGGGGAUUGGAUCUCUUGGGCCCAUUCGUGAAGGGGGUUGGUGGUGUAACCCACCUGAUUGUUGGUGUAGAUUAUUUCACAAAGUGGGUUGAAGUUCGGCCGUUAUCCAGUCUUACUUCCAAGAAGGUUGAAGACUUUGUUUUCAACUCAAUAAUCUGUAGAUAUGGGA